GAUGGCUGCCCCCUGGGCGCGGUGAUCCCGCCGCGGCCGCCGCGCCGGGGUGGCAGACGCGGGGCAGCUGAGGGCUCCUAACCUCCGAGGCCGAUGGCAGGGUGUGAGCGGGUUCUCUAGUCCAAGCCACACACGGAUCGCGCUGCGGAGCCCCUCCGGGGCGAGUUAACAGGAGAGGAAGCCCGCGCCGGGAGCCUCCCGGGCCGGUGCGGCCGCAUGUGGGGAGCUCUGCUGAGGCGAGGCGGCCGCGGCGGCGGCGGCGGCCUGCGCGCUCUGGCGGCGGGCGGCCCGCCCUGGAGCGAGGUGGUGUCCGAGGCCGAGAAGAUCGUGGGCUACCCGACGUCCUUCAUGAGCCUGAGGUGCCUGCUCAGCGACGAGCUCAGCAACAUCGCCAUGCAGGUCCGCAAGCUGGCGGGCACCAAGCACCCGCUGCUCGACACCGCUCGGGGCUUCGUCUACGAUAGCCGCAAUAAUUUACAGAUGCGAGGUUUGGUCAUACUGCUCAUGUCCAAAGCUGCUGGACCCAGCACAGCAGAACUCUCCUUCCAGCACAACAUGGUCAGUGGAAUUUAUUCCAGUCAAAGAAGCCUGGCUGAAAUCACAGAGCUGAUCCACACAGCCUUCCUGGUGCAUCGUGGCAUAGUGAACAUCAGGGAGCUGAAGGCCUGCGAUGGCCCCCUGAAGGAUAUGAAGUUUGGGAAUAAAAUGGCUGUGUUGAGUGGAGAUUUCCUUCUAGCAAAUGCUUGCACAAGCCUAGCACAGUUGCAGAAUACCAAGGUUGUGGAACUCAUUUCAAGUGCCAUUGGUGACUUAGUUCAAGGUAUAUAUUAUGAAAACUCAAAAUCAUCUGAGGAGAGCUGUCUUACAGAUGAUAUCAGCAUAGCUGCGUGGAAGGAGCAGGUUUUCCUGUCCCACAGCGCCUUGCUGGCAAAGAGCUGCCAGGCUGCAAUGGAGCUAGCAAAGCACAGCACUGAGAUCCAGGAGAUGGCAUUUCAGUAUGGAAAGCACAUGUCCAUGACUCAUAAGCUGCAUUCAGACCUCCAGCCAUUUGUUAAAGAGAAUUCUAGUGACACUGUGGCCUUCAGUUUGAACUCUGCUCCUGCAGUCCUCCAUCAGGAAUUCCUUGGAAGGGAGGCAUGGAUUAAACAGAUCCGAGAGGCCCAAGGAAAAGAAAAUAUAAUGGACUACAAGAAGCUGUGGGAAGCCAUCAAGGCUGGCAAAGGUGUGACUGCUGCCAUCGACCUCUGCUGCUGCCACGGAAACAGCGCACUGGCAGCCCUGGACUGCUUCCCUCCCUCGGAGGCCAGGACUGCCUUGGCCAACAUCGUCUAUGCUGUGACCAGGUUCCCCUGACCCUCUCUUCCUCUGGGGAUGGCUCUGACGCCCUGCGCUGCUGCCACCUCCGUUUCUCCAUCCCCACAGAGGAGCCUGCACCGGCUGGCCCCACCAGCAGCAGAAUUCGGGAGGGGGAAAGAAGAAAACCAAACGAAAAAGGUCACAGAAGGCUUCUGCUUGCCCUGCCAGAAGCACACUUGAGGCUGCACGGGCAGAAAUAAUUAAUGAGUGCCGUUUCCGUGACCUCAGCAAAUGGACAGGAAAUAAGCUGGUAUUGAUUGGGCACCGGCGGGGACGGCGCCAGGGCGGAGGGCGGUGGUUUUCCUGCCCCAGGGAGGGAUGGAGGGGCGUGAAGAUCCAGGUGGCACAAGAAACCUGCUCCGACCUGCCCAGAGAGAGCAAGCUGCUGCAGCUGGGAACGAGCGUACCUGCCCAGCAAGGGGAAGGGCAGUCUGGGGGGGAGGGGGGGAAAAGUCUGCCUGGAGUCAUCUCUGCUCAGGCUGUUGUUGUGUGUUCAGAUGUAAAAUUACCCCGUGCCUAAUGCUUUCCACACUGGAGAAACUUGCUGAGCAAUUGUGUCAAGCAUGGUAAGCAGGAGCUUUGCAAUCUUUAAUCAGAUAUUAAUUUGGCUCCCUUAUGGGAAAUGAUUGCCUGGGGUUUAUACUGUGCCUAUAUAGAAUAUGUUGCUCUGGGUCAAAAGAAUGAGGGUUGGGUUGGGUUUUUUUUUUCCCCAUCUCUUCUGUAGGGGAGGGAAUGUCCCUCCCUCAGAUUCAGCAGUUUUGUUUCAGUCCCAGUCUUACACGAGAAGAAUGUCCUGGAUCUGUGACACCUGUGUUCGUUUCAGCCGACUGAAGGUUAAUCUGUAAGGCUCGCCGGCAGCCUCUGGCAGAAAGGAAGGAGGGAGGGAGGCUCUUCUGUGAAUGCAGGCUGAAUAAAACACAGAAAAUAGGGGAGAAGUUUUGAACCUGAACGUGUUGAAUUUUCGAGUCCAGUUACAGAGAGCAGCUAAGGUGUAUCAGAAGGCUGCAAUCUGAGCCUGUCUCUGUUGUUCACAGGAGAAGGUUUCUGUGGCUUGCACGCGUGCAACCCGAGAGUCCCGUUGACAAGAAGGCUGAGUUUACAUAAAUGAUCCAGAUUGAGACUCAGCUACCUUUCUUCCUUCUGUGGUGUAAUUACAGCCCAAUCUGGAGACAGCUAGCACAGCACACAGAUUUCGUUACAUGCCUCACUCACUCACGCACUAAGUGAAGUUAUUUCUGCGAAGUCCCCUCCCUCUCCCCCUGUGCUCCUUCCCCCUGUCACACAGUUUGUUUGUCACCAACUGCAACAUGUAAAUAAAAACUCUGUCCUCUAGAAACACUGCAAACCCAGCCCUGCACACUGCACAUGGCACUCUGUCUCAUAGCUGCAGAGAUUAUACCAUAGUAUUAUGUGUCUCACCAGCAACCCUGAGACACAAUCUUUGCUCAGGAGUCCAGGGCCCAGGACUCCAUUGCUGUGGAGAAUGGCUUCAACACCAGAUCCUUCUUGCUUGCACUUUCCUUCUCAUGCCUGCCCUGGCAUUUUCUCUUCUCCAGAGACUGGCACUUCUGCAUGAGUUAGUGCUGUUGCUGCAGCAGGGAGGCUGGAGGAGCACCAAGAAUAGAAUAGAAUCAACCAGGUUGGAAGAGACCUCCAAGAUCAUUCAGUCCAACCUAGCACCCAGCCCUGGCCAAUCAACCAGACCAUGGCACUAAGUGCCCCAGCCAGGCUUGGUUGGACUGGCUGAGCUAGGUUGGACUGGCUGAGCUUGGAGGUCUCUUCCAACCUGGUUGAUUCUAUGAGGAGGUCAGAGAGAGAGGGGGCAUUGUCUGGGGCAUGGCUGAGGAAGGCAUUCACACCACUUACUGCACUUACCCACACACCCCUCAGCCUCCCCUCUGAUCUUAUCUCAGCUGUUGUGCCGCUCUUUGCACUCCAGGGGUACACAAAACACAGGACAAGGUCCCAUCUGCUUUUUGAACCAAAGGGAAUUAGUUGCCUGAAAGGAGCACAUCUGCAGCGGCUGGCACGGCUGCUUGAUAGGGCUGCAGUGGAAUGUCACUUAGCUGCCAGCUGAGCAUUGCCACCUCCACAGUUGUGGCAACACUGCAUAGGGAGGUUGUUUGAAAAACGAGGUGCUGAGAAGAAGAGAAAUGUUAGAAGGGACUUCCUAAACUCCUCUAGCCCUAAUCUCCCAUUUGAAGUGGACUGUUGCCAGCAUGAAGUCUGCUCUUGGGAACCACCAUAGGUGCCCCACACAGCCUGUCCCACUGCUGCUCCACUUCCCUUGUGAAGUUCCCCUGAAGCCCAACAUGAGCCUCCCACAACGUGACUGGUGACUGUUGCCCAUUAUUUGCCACCUGCCACUGCCAAGGAUGGUUUGGCUCUGCUGUCUCUGCAGACUCCCUGUCCUGCAGGGGUGUGCUGCAGUUAGAUUGCCUGGCAGCCUUCUCGGUGCUGUUGGAGCAGCCCCAGGACUGACCACAGAGAUUACCACAGUGUCAUGCUCAGCAGUAAACACUGGGGAUGGGUUGUGUGAGUGUUCCACGGGGGGGUCUCCUGCUUGGGGACUGUCUGGGCAUCAGUUGGCUGCUGGUGAUUGCUUUUGCAUCCCUUCCUUUAUUUUGUUUGCUUCUAGUUUGCCUUUCACCUACUAAACGGUCUUUAACUCAGCCCACUGAUUUUUUCACUGUUGCCCUUCUGAUUCUCUCCCCGACCCUGCUGUGAGUGAGCAGCUGUGAGGUGCUUAGCUGCCAUCCCGGCUGAGCCCACCGCAGUCCAUUCUGGCAGCUGGUGUGGGCAUGCAGGGUUCAGGAUAAGGAGACAUUUGGCUGGAGUGUGCCAGAGAGAACUUCUUGUGCUUGUUCAGCUGUUGCUUGAUAGUUCUCUCUGCAGGUUUAUGUGUUCCUUACUCUGUGCCGUGCUCCCCCUCUUGCUGUACACGGAAUUCGAGAGCUUGUGAAGGGCUGGGGUUGGUUUUUUUGCAGUUUGCUGUGCCAAACCAGCACACUUCGGGUUGUGUUUUGCCCAGCAGAAGGAUGAUGAAAGCACUGGCCCUGAGCCUGGUCUGCUGUUCGAGCCCCGCAUUGCUGCUGUCCCAGUACUUCGGGAACCAUCUCGUGGAGACAAUUAACCAUUGCACCUUCUCCCCUUUUUCCUCUGAGAGCCAAUUUGUGGAGGAAACAAAGAACAGAACCUUCCCCUUCAUCUCCCACUGGGCAGCUGCUUUCCAUCUUGUUACAAUGGCUUCAGGAUUUUGCACAUCCCUGGGCAGUCGGGAUGCUGACAUUGGGAUGUCUCAAAAACCUGUUUCCAGCUCUUCCUGAGGUUAGCUGACUAUUUAGGGAUGUUACAUGGGGGUGUAUCCUGAGGCAGUGUGGUGGUGGGUGACAAGGUGCAUGGCAGCAGGUGUCUAGAAGAGUUUUCACCUCUGGUAGUGUGGGACUUGACCCCUGAACAUGUGCAAGAGUCUGACAGUGCAGAGUAUUUGAGAGAAGGACCCCUUGGCUAUGCUAAAGGGACACAGCUUCUCACACUGUGCCUGGCCUGGCUUGUGCCCACCAAGCACUGUUCAGCACCCUCAGGGCUGGAGGGAUUUGAAGGCAUAAGAACACCAUGGCUAAGCCAGAGACCCAACUCUCAACCAUAUCAUCCACUCCUAUACUCAAGAAGAAAUAAUGGAAGAAGUCAGCUUGGUAGUCAUGGAGCAGGAAUUUUCUCCAAAGAGGGAACAGAAGGAGUCAGAAGGAGAGAAGUCAGAGGGGAAGCCAGAUGUGCAGCAGAACAGUCACAGGAACUGGAGGAGGAAGAGGAGGAAAUCACCAACCUCUUAUCCUCAAGUAAGCUGCAAGCUGUGUACCAAGGUUGCAGCCAUCAUCCUGGUGAGCUGGCUGCUCCAGUGCUGGGAUCCUGGGGCAACAGCCAGGGAGUAGAGGACAAGGCUGCCCAGAGGGGAGUGAACUAGUUCUCUAGAGGUCCCUUCCAGCCCAGUGCAUUCUAUGGUUCUAUGAUAAUGGUAAGGAAAACCAGCAACCAGAGAGAGUCCUCGGAAGAAAAUCACUGCUGCAUUUGCUGGUGAGCAAUUCCCUGGGCACCAUAGUAGGGCUGAUGCUCCUGACCCAAAUAAGGAACUUCUGCCUUGCAGUUUGAAGGAUCAGGCAAUGAAUAACUCCAUCCAGGGUACUCGAGGAAAGAAAGAGCAAGGUUUAUGGAUUUGGUGGCCUGUUCCCUCUGCUCAGCCUGCUGUGCUUCUCCUACUGUAACCCAGUGUGUGCUGUGUCCUGUGUGCAAUAAAGGGGGCAGGGGUGGCCCAACUUUGACUUAGUAUCCAGCCUGAGAGAAGCUGCUAAAAGACUGAAAAGCUUGUUGUCAUUUAAUGGAAACAUGGAGGAGGCGUUCUCUGGAGGGGCUGGGGAAUGCUGCUUGCCCCAGGACACCUCAGGUGUUAGAGCUGCUGGUCAGAGCUCUGCUGCUUUUCCUUCUGAGCAGAGAGGGUUUGGUAGAUGCAAAAGGCUAACUCAGGCAACUGUGUCACACAGCAGAUUUAUCAAGGAAGUGGCUUCUGGGUCAUCCCUGGCUGCUGCUGCUGCUGUCAUCAGCUGCUUCCAUCUCACAGGCAUCAAACUUUUUGAUUCUUUGUAGUCUUCAAAGUACUUUUUACCUGCAGAGUGUCUUAUGAAAAAUAAAGAGCUUUUCAGUCUCUCAAAGCAGUUCAAAGAAAAA